AUGGCCAGUAAUGAAUCAACCGAGACUGAAUUAAAUUCACCGCCACCACAACCCCAACCGACAACACCAACAACAACAGCCAUGCCAAGUGAAAAUAUUGGAGAAGAAAUUUCUGAAGUCGUUGAAGCUUCCAAUCAACGUCGCAGAUCUGCUGCCUAUCGUGGAGUCCAUUUUGCCUCCGUGCCCGAGGAGAAUGAAGACGACGUGGAGCAGGAGGAUCUCUGGUGGAGAGAAGUAGAAAAUGCUGAAUUCACCCUAGAUCAUGUUCCGCAUGUAACAUCGGUAUUUACACCCUCUCCGGAGGAUAUACUCGAACAACCCACCAGUCCGGAGGAGACUUUGAAUGCCAUUUACGAUGAAGAAUUCGAAAGGCUACAUCGUAUUGCAACUCGCAUCAAGAAUACGAUGGAAGAGCAAAGGGUUCGGCAUUUCAGUGAAUCAAGUCAGGAUAAUGACACGCAAUUGAAAGUGGAGGCGGAGGAAGUUCUUCAAACUCCCUCGACAACUGCUGGCGCCACAGCUAACAAAGAACAAAGUUUGGAUGAAUUUAAAGAGGAAUUACGCCUCAAGCGCCUAACACGACAAUCUGCCAUUCAGGGCCUGCGUGAUGAAAUCUCUUUGUUGCGUAAACAACUGGAAAGGGAGCGUGACAUCUCACGACGCCUACGUAAUGGUGAACAAGUUGAAGAGUCACCUCCACUCGAUUUGGAAGAGGAGAAAAAAUCCUCUAAAUCUCUUGCAGGGCUGGAGGGAGCCACUGCCUUACCCAAAAAUUGCUCAUCGGAACUCCUCGAUGAUAACGAUGAUGAAAAUCCUAUGGCACGCAGCCGUCAUGCCAAUAUUGAAUUGGCCAAUGCCCAAUUGGCUUUGCAAAUGGCCAAUUCAGAAAAUCUUUCGUUGCGUGGCGAAUUGGACAUUGUACAAAAGCAAGUGGCCUCUUUGAAAGAUGUCAUUGCCUGUUGCAAGCAAAUGUUAACGGUUAAAGAGGAACAAUGCAAUGAGUUAAAACAAAGGCUGAGCGAAAUUGAAAAAUCAUUUGCCGAACAUGAAAUGAAAAUCAUGUCUGAUAAUUUACGCCAGGAAUACGAAAGACAAUUGGUUAAUAUCCGUCAAUUGAAACAAUUGUAUGAGGAGCGACAGCGUGUGGCGGCGGCGGAAUAUGAAAAUUUACAACGUUUAAUAUCGAUUAAACGCGAUGAAUUGGGACAGGAACAGGAAAAAACGAAAGCCCUCGAAGAACGUAACAAGGAUAUGGUGCGAGAAAUCGAAUUGGCAAACAAUGAAUUGGCGUGUCUGCGUGAUGAAUGUAAGGAACAUCGUUUCGAAAAGGCCGCUCUCAAGGAAGAAAUGGGCGCAGUGAAUACGCUCUUCAGUCAAAUGGUGAUGGGUUUUAAUGGCAAAAACAAUUUAGACAUCGAUAGACUGACAACCAUGCUGGAGGAGAAUCGCACAUUGCUAAAUGACAUGGCAACUAAGGAGUGUACGGAUGGUGCCACAUUGCCAAAAUUAUUAUUCGAAUUAGUUGAGCAAGCCAGCGUUAAAGAUACGACAGGCAUGAAUGAGGAUGAACGGGCCAACGCAUUAUGCCGCCAAGUUAGCAAAGAAAUGACCCAUAAGGAAAACGCGACUGCCAAUGAGGAGACAAAAAUUGUCUCUGAAGAUAAUAGUAGCUGUAGUUCGCAGGACGAGGAAGAUGGCGAAGAAAACGACGAAGUUGAUAAUGAAAAUAUGAUAUUAGCAAGCAACUCCGAGCAAACUGUAACCAGUGCAUCCGAACAGCAACAACAACCAGAAAAUAUUGAUAAUACCGAUGCUGCUGUAGUUGCAGGUUCAGCAGCUUCUGCCACGGCUAGCUCAGAUGUUGCAUUUGCCACUAAUGAAAAAGUUAGUGGCAUUACUUUACAACAAACUAAGAGCAAAAAGCAACAUCACUCACAUCAUCGUAAAAGUUCGAAUAACAUUAAAAAAUCCACGAACACCACCACCGCCGCCGGUGGCAGUGGCAGUGCUACUCUGAAAUUCAAUGAUCCCAGUGUCAUGGCAAAAGUUGCCUCAACCCAAGAAAUUAUUGGCAAUCUACCAAAAGUUUGGCGCGUUUUAGUUGAGCUACUUAAUCAUCAUCACAUCGAUCCGGUGAAAUUCGAGGAGAACGGUAAAGGCGAAGAUUGCUAUAAAUCGGUACAGACACCGUACGGACCCAAGGCGGAGCUAAGCGUCAGCAAGACAUAUUUGAAAUUGAAGGAUCUAAUAUUGGAGAAAAAGUCAUUGGUGAAGGAAACUAAUCGUCUGAAAACAUUAAACAGCCAUCUGGACUAUCGCCUAAACGAACAGGAGAAACGCCUGAGUACCGUCAGCUUGGAAUUGACUAAAACUUGGCAUUUGGUUGGCAAAAUGCAACGUCAACAUCGUCAAAUGCACACCCAGGAGCAAAUUUUACGCUACCAGCUGCAGCAGAAACGUCGCCUGCUGCACGAACUGAAGGAUGAACUGGAGUACUGUCGCCGCAAGUGGCAGGCGGCACGUGCCAAAAACGAUGAAAGUCAAGAGCAGUGCGAUGAUUUACGACGUGAGUUUGCCAGGCGUAAAUUGGAAGAUGCAAAUAAUUCGGCUGAGAGCGGUUACAGCGAUUCGGGUGGCCCCGUGUCCGAUGAGGAGGAUGAUGUUGAUGCUGCCACUGGCAUUGCGAUGGAAAAAGAGGAUGUGGAGGUGAAUGUUGAGGACGAUGACGAUGCCAUGGCCUCCACUUCGACUGGGGCUGCCAGUGGUGGUUGUGUCAACUAUAGACGCAAACGUUUGAGGGAAAUGUUUGAACAUUCACGUAAAAUAAAACGCAUGCAGAGCACUUCGCCCGGCAGGGCAAAUGCCAACCCCAACAACACUUCAAAUGACACUGAAGAGGUGGUCUUGAGAUGGAAUAGUGCACCACCAACAUGUGGCUGGAGGAAGGUGGGAGAGGGCGAAGACAACGAUGACGACGAUGAGGAGGAGGAUGAAGAUGAAGAACUGGAAAUGGCAACAAUUUUGGUAAGGCCAAGUACUUCGGCAAGUGGUGCCAUACCAAAAUCGAGCAGUGCCAGAUCUUCUAGACGCUCUCAAAGACGUAGUGUGGAGAGAUCCAAUGCCACCGAUUUACCAGAUGUAGAUGAACCAGCCUCCAACCCCGAAUCUGUGGAUGAUAGAGCAACGCGCAUUAAACGCUUGGAGGAACAAUGUAAAACUUUGAUCCAACAGGUUUUGGAGACGUCAGAUAAUAGAGAACGUCUGGAGGUUCAGUUGAGACGUUUCCAAGAUGAAAUGGCUCCCGUUCAAUAUGCAGUACCCUUGGAAGAGCUAAUGAAUAAGAAGCGUAAGGAUCGUACCACCCGUGCUAGUUCAGCUCCUGCAUCGGGCACCCUAACACCUCGUGAGGAAGAAUAUACCAGGCGCCGUUCCGAACGUCUGGGACGUUUAGAAGAAGAAAGUCGCCAGCUAUUGUUCCGCAUUAAACGUACCUCCGAUAGGGGUCAUUAUUUACGUUGCUCUUUGGAUCGUAUACGCCGCAAUCCAGUCUCCAGGGAGGGAAGUUUUGAAAGUAAUACCGAGGAGGAGGGACGCAAGUCGGAAGAUGAAGCCUCCGUCAAUGCAAAAACAAAUGAAAAUGCAUCAAAGCAAUCUGCAAAUCUACAGGAUGGGCCCAGCACAUCAGCCCAAUCGAUGAAAAGUCCCCUAAGUGCCCAAGAAGAAGCCUAUACCGCUCGCAGGGCGGCACGUCUCCAUCGUCUGGAGGAGGAGAGCCGUCAAUUGUUAACCAAGCUAUCACACAACAAUAAUCGUGGUGAUAGUUUGGGUUUAAGACUUGAUAUACUACACGAACGUCAUGGAUCUCAGGAAGAACCAACAGCCACAGCAGCAUCAUCCUCAACCACAACCAAUUCUACCUCAAAAAUACCAGUAGCCGGGAAACUAACCACCGAACAGCGCAUAGAAAACAUAGAGAAAAUCUCCUCGAAUCGUGAACAACGUUUGCGCAUUCUCGAAGAAGAAGGACGCCAGCUGAUCAAUCGCCUCUCAGAAACAUCGGAAAAGGGUACACAAAUGAUCAAUCGCAUUGCCGAGCGCGAACUCAAUCGCCAGCAGCGUUCCAACUCCACACCGCAAAGAGAUAAUGCAGAUUUGCCAAGUACCUCCACGGCAGUAGUAGAUCCUCUGCUGCCCACCCUCAAGAAUGUGGCCUGUUCCAGCAUUGUAAGUGAUGAAUUGACGGAAAGGGUAACCAUUACCACCACACCUAGUCAAAUUGCGGCCCAUCAGGGUGCCAUACCAAAAACCACAACCACCACCACAAAACCAGUCAGCAAGCCCACGACUCAGCUACUGGCAGCUCGUUCAAAAUCCGAUCGUCUGCAAAGUAUCACGCAGCGUAAACCCGAAGAAACCAAGGAGGAAAGUUUGGAGGAAAUGGUCAAGCGUUUGCAAUCUUUACCCUUCCCCAAAACUGAGGAAGAGAAAAAGGAGGAGGAGGCUACAACUGUAGGACAUCCCGCCGAAGUGAAGGAAGAUACAAUUCCCUCUCCUCCAGAAAAUGAAAAUAAACUAGAACCUCUACAAGAACCAACUAUGGCAACAAUGGAAGAAUCCUCCGAUAAUGCAGCCACCUCAAACGCCACCGCCCCAGCUGCUGCUGAUCCCGCUACUGGUAUCACCAAUCCCAACCCCAAUGACAACAUAUAA